AUGACUUCUGGAACAACGUCAAAGAUCAAAAUCCUUCCGGCCACUUUAGCAACAAUGAAAAAGUUUAGUCAAUCAGUACAAUUAGGAUAUUAUAUUGUCAAAAGAUCAUUUCCUUCUUCAACAUUUUCGUCUUCUAAGCAACGAUCAUUCUUUGUUCAAAGUGGUAGAAAAUCGGAUAUGUUUCCAGUAUCAAAAGAUGGCAUACCAAUGGGCCCGAUGAGUCAAUAUUCUUCGACAGUUGAAUCCUCUGAUCAAAAAGAUUCAUCGGCGUCCAACAAUGAUAUUGUACCACUUGAUAUUCUGAAUGAAAUUACUCAUUUCGAGACUAGCAUGUUCAUUCAACUUGUUUUUGCACUUGCGAAUUUGAAUAUUUGCUCAUACUCGGUCAUAUUUGCUUCAGGAUUCAUUCAUACCGUCAAGAUAAUUGAAAAUUAUUUCGAAGAAAUCAGUCUUUGUAUUUCGAACGCCAAUUUCGAUCAUAGCUCACUCGUUCAAAAGAAUAUUUCUGAUCUGGAAUUCAAAUCGAUAUUAAAUCAAAAAUUGAAUGAAGUAAUAAUCGAACAUGGAGGAGAGAUAUAUCGAUUAGAACGAGCUCAACAUAUUCACAACGAAUGUUUAAAAAAAAAUGUUCCAGGUAUUCUUCAUCGUCUUUGGCCAAAUAUGAUUUACGCUUCUACGGCUAUCGGAGGCACGUUUACUAUAUACAAAUCCGAUAUUCAAUUUUAUUGCGGGCAACGGUUACCUUUAGUUAAUCUGGCUGCCUAUGGUGCAAGUGAAGGAUUUUUUGGUUCCAUUGCAAGUAUUCACACAGAUGAAUAUUUCCUGUUACCAACACAUGCAUUUUUUGAAUUCAUCAAAGAAGAAGAUAUUCAGCAAGUAAGUCAUUUAACAUUCGAAUUUUAG